AAAAAAAAUGGAGACUUCUUGUCGAUAUGGAAUUAUGACGGGAGGAUUGCAUAUGAAGACAUAAUCAAUGCAACUGAAGACUUCGACAUCAAAUACUGCAUUGGUAGUGGCGGUUACGGUAGUGUCUAUAGAGCUCAAUUGCCCAAUGGGAAAAUUGUGGCAUUGAAGAAACUUCACCGUCUUGAAGUAGAGGACCCAUCUUUUGACCAGAGCUUCCGAAAUGAAGUGAAAUACUUGACAGAAGUGCGUCAUAGAAGCAUAAUCAAGCUCCAUGGUUUCUGUUUACACAAACGAUGCAUGUUCUUGGUUUAUGAGUACAUGGAAAGGGGGAGUCUAUUUUGUGCUUUGAGAAAUGACGUCGAUGCAAUGGAACUUGACUGGUAUAAAAGACUAAAUAUUGUCUGGGGUAUCGCACACGCCUUAUCUUACUUGCAUUAUGAUUGCGCUCAGCCAAUUGUUCAUCGAGACAUAUCUAGCAACAACAUUUUGCUCAACAACAGAAUGCAAGCUUUCCUAUCAGACUUCGGCACGGCAAGACUCCUAGAACCUAAUUUCUCAUCUAACCUCACCGCAGAUAUUGCAAGCACUCGUGGAUAUAUAGCACUAGGUGAGCAACUCUAG